AAUGUCCAUAUUGUAGGAACAACGAAAAAUGAAUUAAUCUAUAGAUAGUUAGGUGGGACGGACAGAAUCUCUGAUCCCUAGAUCAAAGCUGAAGAAGGUUUAGAGUAUCCGGGCUCCAGGAGGAACUUGAAAACUUCCAAUACUACAAGAAUUCGACGAGGAAACGUUCACUGUACUGCAAUAUUGCAUCACUUUACUACAUCACUGCACUUUAUAACUGUUCUGCAUCACUGUACUGCAUCACUGUACUGAAUCACUGUACUGCAUCACUGUACUGAAUCACUGUACUGCAUAACUGUUCUGCUUCACUGUACUGCAUCACUGUACUGAAUCACAGUACUGCAUAACUGUUCUGCUUCACUGUACUGCAUCACUGUACUGAAUCACAGUACUGCAUAACUGUUCUGCAUCACUGUACUGCAUCACUAUUCUGCAUCAUUGUACUGCAUCACUUUACUGUAUCACUGUACUGCAAAAUGUCUAAUCUCCAGCUUCCCCAACAUCAUCAAACCGAAGCUGUGCUUGGUUCUGAAUACUGUUCUGGAUAUUUUGAUAGUUUGAAGAAUUGGAAUAAUGGAUUCUACUGUCCGUCUAUGGAGGAUAGCAUAGAUGUAUUCUGCUGUGGGUCGCCGACACAUAAAUAUUGUUGUACAAAAAAGGAUCAAGUUAUUCAGACUGAAGUUGAGAGUGUAACUAUCCUAAUUGGAGUGGUAGUUGGAGCUGCUACCGCUUUGCUGCUGUUGACUAUGGUGGCUUGUGUAUGCUGCUCCUGGUGUCCACUCUAUAGGAAGAAAACACCGCUAAAGUAUAGAGGAUCUAUGUACCGACUAGUUUGUGUACAAUAUCAUGUUCAGGAUCUAUGUACCGACUAGUUUGUGUACAAUAUC